CUUUCACUGUCCUGACAUUUCCAGGCUUCAGGACAAUGAUACAGGAAACCUGGACUGAGGGCUCCUCUGGCAUUCUGGGAGGUCUUGAUUAUGGACACAAGGGCAAGUCCACUGGAAAAGGCUGUGGCAACAAUGCAAUAGUCACCAGCAAUCCCAUGACAGUUCAACAGCUGGGACCUCCUUCACCUUCAGUGAAUCAGCUUUCAACAGCAUGCAGCCAGAUUAGCCCUUGCUUACAAAAGUCUAUGGAUGCUUCUAGCCUGAGUGCUUCUUCAUCAGAUACAAGGUCACUCUUCUCAUGUGAGACUCUGGCCUCUACAACGUUAAGUUUGUCAGAAGGUCAUUCCCCUCUGAGUAUUGAACAAGAGUGGUCGCAUAGGACACUUUCUUCUGUUCCUCCUGACCAUGGUUUACAAAAUGGCAGUGAGCUGGGGAACUUAAUAAAUUUUUCACCUGAAGCAUCUACAUCCAGUAACUCAUUACCAUCCUACUUAUAUGGCAUGGAAAAUAAGAAUUCCCCUUACUCUAGUCCUUGCCAGUCCUCAGUCUGGUGUCAAUCAGCCCGCUCCAAAAAGAGAGCACUCUCUGUAUCUCCUCUGUCUGACGGCAUUGGGAUCGAGUUCAAUACAAUCAUUCGUACAUCCCCAACUUCUCUGGUGGCCUACAUCAACAGCUCCAAGGCAUCGCCAGCAAACGUCUCCCCACAGCCUGAGGUCUAUGGACAUUUUUUGGGAGUGAGAGGAAGCUGUAUACCCCAAAACAGCUCUGUUUCAACUGCCCAGAAAGCUUUCCUCAUGGCGAAUGGCAAUGUCACUUUCCCAGGGUAUGUUGAGAAUGGGACAGGUGAGUACCAGCGGAUGCCGCAGCUGGAGCAAGCCAGCUUGCAGAUGAUUGCCACAAAUAAUAUGGUGAUCCAGCAGGGUGUGCUGCCCAUGGACAUCCAGGCAAUGGAUGUUCUAAAAAAUGAACAGCUGGAUGACUUCUCAGGCCCUAUUGUUGACAUGCCUCUUUCACCCCUGGUGCUGCCACUGCCUCCUCCACAAGGGCCACCCCCGCCGUACCAUGCUCACCAGCACCGGCAUCCACAUGGCCUCCCCAGCCACACCCCCCUGCUGCAGAUGCUACCUCCUGCCCCGGGUGCCCUACUGGAGGAAGAUGGUGAGCUGGAUGAUUUAAAUGGCAAGCAUGGCUGUUGCUGGGUUGACUGCGGGAAGAUGUAUGACCAUCAAGAGGAGCUUGUGCGGCACAUAGAGAAGAUCCACAUAGACCAGAGGAAGGGAGAGGACUUCACCUGCUUCUGGGCAGGGUGCCCUCGAAGGUUCAAGCCAUUUAAUGCCCGUUACAAACUGCUGAUUCAUAUGAGAGUCCACUCAGGAGAGAAGCCGAACAAAUGCACAUUUGAGGGUUGCAAGAAGGCCUUUUCCAGACUAGAAAAUCUCAAGAUUCACGUAAGGAGCCAUACGGGUGAAAAGCCGUACCUUUGCCAGCACCCUGGCUGCCAGAAAGCAUUCAGCAACUCCAGCGACCGCGCCAAGCACCAGAGGACACACUUGGACACUAAACCUUACGCAUGUGAGAUUCCAGGAUGUAGUAAGCGAUACACAGAUCCAAGUUCCCUGAGAAAACAUGUGAAAGCCCAUUCUUCCAAAGAUCAACAAGUCAGGAAAAAGUUGCGAUCAAGCUCAGAGAUUGGCCAAGACAUCCUGAAUGACUGCCUUGCAAUCCAGCCCCUCCAGCCAGCCCUGUCACCACAUGAUGCUGCAGAUAAUACCAUGGGACACUCCCCACGGCCUGCUUCUGUAAUAUACCCAGCAGCUGUGAUCCCCAGCACACAAAUAAAUCAAAGUGGAACAGCAGCUAGGGCAAUGUCCUUGUCCCACCCCAGCAGCCACUCUUCCCCAGGACAUAACAUACAGGGCAGUCCUCUGCAUCCUCCCCAGAUACCUCUUCUUGCAGCUGCAGACUCAGAGAGGUUUGUUGCUCCAGCUGCUUCUCAUCACAUCAGCCCCCCCAAAAUGUCUAUUCAACAUCCCAUGAUGCAGAGACAGACUCCACAACCUCCUCAGCUUCCACAGCUUGCAGGGAUGCAUCUGAAGACAUAUCAACCAGCAGAAAGCUCUUCUUUUCAGCCAAAUGCCCUUCACAUCCAGGAUUUUUAUGGGCAGCUUCAGAGUUUCUACCCUCCACAUUAUGCUGACACUCAGAAGAACAUAGAAGAGAGUGUUUCUUGCAAUAUGGUUCCUCCUGUUGACUGCUCAGCUCUCACAUCAGCAGGCCAGGGAGGGCUUGGCAUUUUCCAUGGAAGUUUUUCAGAUCAUUCUGCUAUCAAAGUGUAUGACUUUCCAGCAGGGUCUGUAGGUAUCUUUGGUGAUUCAGCUUGCAGCAUGCCAGAGGACAGCAGUUUGCUACAAGUAAAUGCAGUGGAUCAUUGUUCCAGCCAGCUUUCUUCUGUAUACACUGAAGGCUAA